GUGCACAUGAAGCGCGUCGACAGUCAGCAAUCCGGUAGCUGUAAAUAUGGGACUCCGAGACGAACUCCUUAAGGCAAUUUGGCAUGCAUUUACAGCAUUGGAUGUGGAUAAAAGUGGGAAAGUGUCUAAAUCACAGUUGAAGGUACUUUCCCAUAACCUCUGCACGGUGAUGAAGAUCCCUCAUGAUCCUGUAGCACUAGAGGAACACUUUAGAGAUGAUGAUGAAGGUCCGGUUUCCAAUCAGGGAUACAUGCCCUACCUGAACAGAUUCAUUCUGGAUAAGGUGCAGGACAACUUUGACCGAAUGGACUUUAACAAGAUGUGCUGGACUCUCUGUGCCAGAAAAAACCUCAACAGAAACCACCUGCUUAUCUCAGAUGAUGAUGCAUUCAAGAUCUGGUGCAUUUUUAACUUCCUCUCUGAAGAAAAAUAUCCUUUGGUUAUGGUCACCGAAGAGAUCGAGUACUUUCUUCGUAAGCUUACAGAAGCCAUGGGUGGCAGCUGGAUUGAGGAAAAGUUUGAAGAAUAUAAGAUGCAGUUGAUCACCAGACAGCAGUGUCUGAGCGUGUGGGAAAUGAUCGAACUGGUGGGAAUGGGUCACUUUAGUAAAGGCAUGGACCGCCAGACCCUCUCCAUGGGCAUCACUGAAGUUUUCCAGGAACUUAUUCUGGAUAUGCUCAAACAGGGCUACAUGAUGAAGAAAGGUCACAAAAGGAAGAACUGGACAGAACGAUGGUUCCUCUUGAAGCCCAACCGAAUUUCAUAUUAUGUUAGUGAAGAUCUUACAGAGAAAAAGGGGGAUAUUCUGCUAGAUGGAAACUGUUGUGUAGAGUCUUUACCAGAUAAGGAAGGGAAAAAGUGCCUUUUCUACGUCAAGUGCUCAGACAAAAGCUUUGAGAUCAGCGCCUCAGAUAAGAAGAAAAAGCAGGAGUGGAUUCAAGCUAUUCAGACAUGUAUCACGCUGCUGAGGGUCGGCCGUCCAGCUCCACACCACGAGUCACGGCAGAAACGGCGAGAGAUGCGGGAGAAGCAACAGGUCGAGCAGGAAGAGCUUGAACUGAGAAUGAGAGAGCUGCAGACAGCCAAUGAGAACAAACAGAGAGAGCUGGAGGCCUUGAGAAAGAAACUGGAGGAGGCUGCAGCCAACGCCGCAGAAGAGGAGCGCAGACGUCUGCAGACCCAGAACGAGCUGCAGGAUCUAUACAGUGUAGAAAUGGAGAAAGAGAAAAUGGUUCGCCAGCAAAUGGAAGAACAGGUGGCGCAAAAGUCAAGCGAGUUAGAGCAAUACCUGCAACGUGUGCGUGAACUAGAAACCAUGUACAACAGCCUAGAGGAAGCCCUUGAAGAGGAAAGACAAGCCAGACAGGAUGAGGAAACCGUCAGAAAACUUCAAGCCAGGCUGUUGGAAGAGGAGGUAUCUAAGCGUGCAGAGCUGGAGCAGAUACACCUGUAUCAACAGCAGACCAUUUCUCAGACACAAGCGGAGAAGCAGGAGCUGGAACGAGAAAGGUUGGCAAAAGAAAGCGCGCUGCAGGCCGCCAUGCAGCAGUUGCAGCAGCUUGAAUCUGACAGACAUGGUGCACUGGAGCAAUAUGAGGAGGUGAUGAAGAAACUUGAAGAUGCUGCCAAUAAUACAAAGAGCUGGAAAGACAAGUUGGCCCAACACGAGGGGCUCAUACGACUCAUUCAGCCAGGCCCUAAAGUCCCUCAGAAAAUCACAAAUUGGGGACCUGCGUCAUUCACAGAGACAGAACUGAGUCUGAGAGAGAAAGACUGGCAGGAAAAGAAAAGCCGGUCUGCUCCCACCCAAUAGUGCACAUCAAGUGUCCUGUUAACACAUUGUUGCAGUAGAUAGAAUCACUAGUGAAAUGUGUACACAGCAUUUGCGAGGUUAGUCUUUAAACACACUAAAAACAAAACUGUAGGUAGGCCUAUACAUGACUUUACAUAGGGUGAAGUGAAGUCUGGCCUGAUCAAAAGAUAUCGCAUCUCCUACCAUUCCAGUCUGUACUGUAACAUUCCAGUGUCAUUUUGCCAUGGCAUUGAAGUGAUUUUAUACAUUUGACGUUUUUGUAAGAUGUUUUACAUUGUGUGAACGUGUUCAUUUAGGUGCAUUUUCACCAAAGUAAUGGCAGAUGUUUUUGUACCCAUAGUUCAUGAGAUUUUAAUGAUGAUUUAAACUUUAUUAAUGUCAAACGUACAAAAUAAGUUAAUAAAUAACCAAGUAUUACAAUUACAAUAUAUUUUAAACCUGUCCAUUAUGUCAGCCAUUGACUUAAAUUAACAUUUUCAGCAGUUUUAAAAAGUAUCAAUACAUUUCACAUUCAUUUUUUAAAAGUUGAAUACACUGCACAAAAUGGACUAAUGAAACACAUUUAUAUAUAUAUAUAAUUUAUGUCAUUUUUUACUUUAUACAGAACAUUGACAUCUUUGUAAUUGUUUUAUCGGUUGUUACCUUACUUUAAAAUUAAGUUUCUCAUUCAGAGAGACACAAUUGCAGUAUUAACUAAUACUAUUAAUGUAAAUGAAGUUAUUAACAAAUUGUGUUUUAACAAAACUGUGUAUCUGUCUGUUCCUGAAAAUUUUCAGUCAUGAACAACAUUGUACCAAAUUGCUGUUUUCUUGAAACUAAUGCCCAGAUUUAAGACUGCAUCGUGCAUGAUUCAAUAAAAAGGCA